AUAUAAUGCUCUGCACUCAUACUAUAUACAAUAAUUGUGCUUAUUGUGUAUAAUACAAUCUAUUCUAUGGCUGAGCUCUGCACUGUAUAAUGUAGAUUGAACACUGCCCCUCCCCCAACCAGGUGUGUCACACAGGUGGCAGGUGACACAAAUAGAAUACUCCUCCCCCUGCUCUGCAAAGGGCUCUGCAACGUAUUACAGGUCAGACAUUACAUAUUGUUAUAUAUGCCCUCCCCAUCUUCCUCUGUCUAUAGGGGGUGCCAGGUACAGAGGGCAUUCUGACUGGUAACGGGGGGCAUAGUGGGUGCCAGGUACAGAGGGCAUUCUGACUGGUAACGGGGGGCACAGUGGGUGCCAGGUACAGAGGGCAUUCUGACUGGUAAUGGGGGGGCACAGUGGGUGCCAGGUACAGAGGGCAUUCAGACUCUGUACUCUGUGCCAGGUACAGAGGGCAUUCUGACUGGCAACGGGGGCACAGUGGGUGCCAGGUACAGAGGGCAUUCUGACUGGUAACAAGGGGCACAGUGGGUGCCAGGUACAGAGAGCAUUCUGACUGGUAAUGGGGGCACAGUGGGUGCCAGGUACAGAGGGCAUUCAGACUGGUAACGGGGGGCACAGUGGGUGCCAGGUACAGAGGGCAUUCAGACUCUGUACUCUGUGCCAGGUACAGAGGGCAUUCUGACUGGCAACGGGGGCACAGUGGGUGCCAGGUACAGAGAGCAUUCUGACUGGUAACGGGGGCACAGUGGGUGCCAGGUACAGAGGGCAUUCUGACUGGUAAUGGGGGCACAGUAGGUGCCAGGUACAGAGGGCAUUCAGACUGGUAACGGGGGGGCACAGUGGGUGCCAGGUACAGAGGGCAUUCAGACUGGUAACGGGGGGCACAGUGGAUGCCAGGUACAGAGGGCAUUCUAAGUGGUGCAUGCUACUCACUGUCCAUUUCAGGACUAUCCUGGUAUAUGGGGUUAUUCUGCUCUCUUGGAGUGAGUUGAGUACUGACCAUAAUGUGUCUGUGUGCCCACAGGUGAGAUUCCAGCAGGACUGCAGUGAGUGACACUCAGUGUGUGACAGACACUCCCUCUAGGCCAGUCAGAGGACCAAAGCUGAAUUAGGGAAGUGAGAGUCUCCAGCCCAGGACAUAGACGGUAAGGAAGGAGACAACUCUUCAAAUCCAGACAUUGAGGGAGAUGGUUUGAAGGGUGGGGGACCUGGGAAUGGGGGGACCUGGGAAUGGGGGGAGUGGGGGGGGUAGAAAGGGGGCAAGAUAGAUACAGAGAAAGGGGGCACACACAAAGUGAUAAAGCAUAGAGGUUGGAGAUUGAGUCAGCGAAUGGGGACAACAGAGAGGACAGGAGGCUUCUGUGGCGAAAGCCGCCUCGGCCCUGGACAUUGGAGAGGCCUGGCUGCCCGCCUCCUGCCAUGUGACUAUGGCCCCUGGGAUGUAUUGCCCUUUAAAGACAUGAUUUGGGCAUAAUGGAUUUGUGUUAUGCUGCUGCUGGCCCUUUAAGAACCAUCUGGGGAUAUACUGUGGAGUUACUGGGUGGCCACCAUUUCCUGUAUCAGAAGCACAUGGUGAGAACAAUGGAUGAAGCACAUAGUGAGAACAAUGGAUGGCGGCCAUUUUAACUCACAGACACUGUUUGGACUUUUCAACACGGUGCCAUCUCGCCAGUAUUUGUUGCACAGAGACAUCGUGCGGUGGUUUUGGACUAUACAGCAGGGGACACAUUAUACAGUAAUUGUUUUUCAUUUAGCCUGUAUUUGUUCUGCAGAAUCUGCAUUAAACUGCAUCUUCCAAAGUACUGAACGGAUCUGGGUGAAUUUUGGAUAUGUGGUUCACCCAGAUCCACCGGUUACUUUUUAUUGGGUUAUUGCAUGUUUUGGGGUCCCUGUGAUGUGUUUUAUGAAACUGUAUUUCUCUGUCUGUGAUAAAUAGAUUAACCAUUGUGUUCAGUAAUCAUAUCACAGGCAGAGGGGAGGAUUUUGUGUGGGAGUGUCUGUGUGUAUUGUACAGAUUGAUUGGUUGUUCUGUAAAACCCUGUGGGCAGUACUAAGUUUGUGAAUUGGGAAUAAAAGAGGCUGUAUGUGCCAGUACAGUCAGAUUCUGUUUGACCCUCAAACGAAGUGUCGUCUCGUUAUUGGGGGAAUUGGAUUGUAUGCUGACUGCCAGGUGUGUAACCCUUUCGUAUGGUUUUCCUGUUCGGAUAUUUCCAGUGUUCAUGUGUUUCCAGUUCGGGAGAUCGGUGCUUACAGUAGCUGUCGGUGUAUCUGGAAAGGGGAAUAUUGCCUAAACGGUUUUUAACCUCUGGUGAGCAAAACGGUCCGUUACAGCUUCAUUUGGGGGGAACUGAGAGAGAUGGGGUGAGAUAAUGUGAGAGACAUAGAGGGGUCAAAUAAAAACAGAGAGGGCAAGAAAGAGGACACAGAGAAAGAAACUAGCAUUUCUAUUUAGAGAAGUGAGACUAGCAGUCUAGAGAAAUGGGAUGUAACCCUUCAUAAAACAAGUUAAAACCAGUGUUCACAUGUAACAUGAGUAAAUAUGAAUGAGAAUCAUUAAAAGAGACGAAAGCUCGAAUAUGGGAUGAUUUGUCCUCCCGUCAAGCUCUUAUCUUCUGGGUGUCCUCGAUCAGGGGUACAGUGACACACAGAGUACGCAGUGUAUGAAGUGUUAUUUUGUACUCCGCAGAAUAUAAUACGCAAAGCCAUUUUCCUGGCACUGGAAAAUCCUGGAGUGCCCCCAUCCCAUAUCACUGAAGGGGUUAAAACCCCUUCAGUUGUCUGAAUCCAGCUCCGCCCACGCUCCUUCCCCGCUGACGUCAGGGUAGACCUAAUGCGCGGCAAGGGCCACGUGCAUUAGACCUUGUGGCAAAUCUAGCCACUUCAGAUUAUGCUGUUAUAUGUCUAAGGGUUGUCCUAGAAAAGCUGGUCAACUUAUGUGAUUUUAUGUAUUCGCUUAUAACUGUAAUAGAAGGCAUUCGUAUUUAAGUGGCACGAAAGCCGCUAGCAUUCAUAUGGUAGUUUCAUGAACAGUGACUUUCAACACUGUUCGUGAAACGAACAAAGUACCGAAUCGGAGCCCACACACAGGGGGUCGUGUGGCUCCCAUUAACCGAUUGCAACAUUGUAUCAAAUCGACUACUAAUUGAUUCCCAGGGUGGCCGACGUUUGGAUACUGACCACGCGGCGGCGGCCAACUUGGAUUUCCUUUUAGCCCAACGCUGUUUGGUAGUCGAGGGCCUGGAACGAAAAUCUGCUACUCGACGGCGCGAACACUGCUGGACUUCCAGGUCAUUCAGGGGGCACCGGUCUUUCUAACCAACCUAUGUAUUCAUGACUUUUCUAAAGAGCUGAUGUUAAAAUUUAUUUAUGCGGCGUUCGGUUAAUUGUGCUGGGAUCUGAGCGGUACUUUCACAAAGUGUGCGCUCAGACCCCAGUUAUCUGACGAUCGGUCAUUCGGUACAAUGGCACGAAUAAAGUAUAAGUUACAGAUUUUUAUGCUGUACGGAGGGAUAAUUCACUUAACAGGAUAUUCUUAUGGGAAUAUCCCUCUCGUACAGCAGUGCAUGGUGGGAGAAAUGUCCUGCAUGUUCAGUUCCCCAUGUAGUCCUCUACUGUAUAACCCCUGUGUAACGGAUCACCUGGCACCCCAACUGGGUACCUCCGUUGAAGGAUGCUCCUAGCACUUCCUGAGGACUCCAAGCACUGCAGCAGACACCAAAACCACCGAACUGUAGGAGCAUAUGAAUGUUGUAUACAGCCAAAUAGGAAAAACCAUGCAAAUAGGUUUACACUCCUAGCAGUCAAACUGGAACAGCAUACCAUGAAUCCUCCCCCAAUAAUGAGACGACACUUCACUUUGAGGGUUAAGCAGGAACUGUCUGUACUGGCACAUACAGCCUCUUUUAUUCCCAAUCCACAAACUUAGUACUGCCCACAGGGUUUUACAGAACAACCAAUAACACACGUACAUUACAGAAAACACUCCCAGCAAUUAUACACAAAAUCCUCCCCUCUGCUUGUGAUCUAAUUAUGGCACACAAUGGGUUAACCUAAUUAUCACAUGCAGGAAAAAUACAGUAACAUAAAACACAUCACAGGGACCCCAAAACAUGCAAUAACCCCAUAAAAAGUAUAUCCUGGGAACCGGGGGAUCUGGGUGAACCACAUAUCCAAAAUUCACCCAGAUCCGUUCAGUACUUUGGAAAAUACAGUUUAAUGCAGAUUCUGCAGAACAAAUACAGGCUAAAUGAAAAACAAUCACUGUAUAAUGUGUCCCCUGCUGUAUAGUCCAAAACCACCACACGAUGUCUCUGUGCACCAAAUACUGGCGAGAUGGCACCGUGUUGAAAAGUCCACACAGUGUCUGUGAGUUAAAAUGGCCGCCAUCCAUUGUUCUCACCAUGUGCUUCAUCCAUUGUUCUCACCAAGUGCUUCUGAUACAGGGAAUGGUGGCCACCCAGUAACUCCACAGUAUGUCCCCAGAUGGUUCUUAAAGGGCCAGCAGCAGCACAACACAAAUCCCUUAUGCCCAAAUCAUGUCUUUAAAGGGCAAUACAUCCCAGGGGCCAUAGUCACAUGGCAGGAGGCUGGCAAUCAGUCUUCUCCAAUGCCCAGUGGCGAGGUUGGUUUCGCCACACCCUGUGAAGUGAUUAAGGAAACCCCUUGCAUAGGGAACCACAUAAAUACUGGAGCUUGUGAAUAAAAUCGGCAGUUGACUCCCAGAACAGUGUUUCGUCCGAUUACUGGGGGGUUAGGGAUAUUGCCUUCAUUUUCAGCGUUUUCCCUGGAUUAUCUUCUUUUACCAGCGGAGAUAUUGGGAUUUAAUAUUGCAGCUCCGCUACAGACCUCCCCAUAUGAAAGCAUUAUUUUUUUUAAAUCUGACGCUGGAGAUCCGUGAGGACAUUCAGCAUCAGAUAACUGACCAAAAGUCCUUUAUGAUUCCGGAAGCACCCCCAGUGGCUGUCUGGUAGACAUUACAGCACUAAGUGCAAAAGGGUCACAGCACCAGAAUACUUCAACAAGCUGAAGUGGUCUGGGUGCCUACAGUGUCCCUUUAAUUCACUCAGGAUUUUACGAAAACCCAACAAGCAGAACUUAACAAAAAUAUAACUUUCUGCGAAACCGUAUUAGCAAACCUGGCUGGAUUUAACAUUAGUAAAUAAAACAGUACAGAACAGUCUGAGGUCAGGAAACUGAGUGUAUGUGAAUGGUAGGACAAGCCAGAGGUCAAGGAAUACAGAAGUCAGAAUAGUCAAGGUACAAGCCAGGGUCAAAAUAGAAUCAAAAUAAACAAUGCGCUGUCAGAUAACCAUGACGGGGCACAGUACAAAAGCCAAAAUGAGCCUUUAUAGUCCUAGGAGCGCAGUAAUGGAUUGGUUGUGGUCAUAUGAUGCCAGAACAUGCAUACAUACACGUUGCUGUCAUUAUUUGGGCCGGAGAAGGUCGAGCUAUAUAAGGGGUCUGAGGCACUGUGGCUGGUAUCAGGAAGGAUUUUGGAUGUUUGUGCAGCCACUACAGGAGCAUAUGGAAGUGACACCCUUAGAUUGCAGACUGUAGCGGAGCGCUAAUUCAACAUAGGUCCUCCUAUAUAUUCUCAGAAUACCGUUCUGUUCGUGUGGUUUUUCACGAACUUCCAUGAUGUUGGAGGUUUAAGCGGCGUUCGUGCUGUCUGUGGCGAAAGUAACCUCACCACUUGUACUUGGAGAGGCCUGCGUGCCAGCCUCUUGCCCUGUGACUAUGGCCCCUGGGAUGUAUUGCCCUUUAAAAGCAUUAUUUGGGCAUAUUAUUUGAUUUUAAAACACUUUUUCUGCCCCUUUAAAUCCAUGGGGAAAUGUGUUUUUCUGCCUGUGGAUAUUCAGAUUAUUGUAGUAGCUGCUUUAAUUAUAUCCCAGGCUGAGGGGAGGGCUUGUGUGCUGUAUGUGGGAGUGUCGGACAUUGUUGUAUUGUUUUGAUUGGCUUGUGUGUCCCUUGAAUGUCCCUUGUGUGCCUGUGUACCAUCAGGUCCAGGGGGUGUGCCUCUGGCCUGAGGAAUUGUAUGAAUUGUGAGUGCUUGCUUCCAUUAAACAGACCUGUUCUACUCUUAUAAGCACCUUUUGGGAAAGGCCACCAGACUAUCAUAGACCCAGACGGAUUGGAGGUCUGGAUAGUCUCCCUGGGAGGGGAAAGAUAUGUGACAAACUCCCCUUCCCACGUGUUUACCACAAGCUCCUGGAGGAGCCUGCUUGCCAGCCUCCUGCCCACAGACAAUGGGCCCUGCAGGGAAACCUGUAAAAGACUAUUUUGGAACCAAACAGCCGCACAACGAAAUAUGGACCAUCCGGGAGCUUGUUAAACCUAAUGGAUACAUUGUGUGACGAAGUGCCCUUUGCCACUUGUGCCUGGAGAGGACUGCUUGCCCACCUCUUGCCCUGUGACUAUGGACCCUGUGAGAUUUGGCCCGUUCAAUUCAGUAUGAUAGGAGUUAUGUAUUUUUGUAUCCUUUUGUGUUUUACUGGAGUCUGCUUCUAUCCCUGGAUAUAAUUGGAUUAUGUUCCCCAUUGUCUCCAAGAUAGAGGGCUCUGUAAAACCGGUUUGGGCCAGAUAUCCAUGCUGCCAGCCAGGCCCCAAAAGGUACUUUACGAACUUCUGAACCCCUGGUCUGAUUCAUGCCAUUUUUUGAUAUGUUGUUUCCCUGAAUGGACUGAUUGUGAAUAUAUAAUUUUUAUGUGAAUGUGAUGUAUAAUUUAGAAGUUAUGAAUGCUGUAAAAACUGUAUUAUUUCUGGCCAGCAGAUAAUUGAGCUUUGUGUAUUGUAGAAACUCAAUUAUCUAGCCUGGCCCAGAGGAGGAGUUUUGUGUUGCAUAAAUUGUGAGUUCUGUGUGCCAGUAAAUCAGUCUUGUUCCAGCACUAAGCUUUGGCUCAUGUGUGGAUUAUUCGGCGAUUCCAGGGAUAUUUCUACUCGUGGAAUAUUGGGUGUUUUUCUUUUAUGGGAAGAAGGGAAUGCCUGACGGUGAUACCCUAUACUACCGUCACACAUUGUAAUGAUCCUAACCGCAGUGUUCCAAUGGUUCUUCUGUUUGCACCAAUGCAGUAAGCGGUGUUUGGUCGUCGAGUUCAUGGGACUGAAAACGGACACUGAAACUCCUGAACACUGCUGGACUUCCAUAAUCGCCUGCGUUUGGUUUUAUAUAACAUAGAAGAGCACUGUUUGGUGGGUUAGUUCGUCUGUAUAAAGGGAACAAGCUCCACGAUGUCGAUGGAUUCUGUUCGGUAGUUCGUUUUCUUUUUAGGUACCGAACUUGACCGACUGCUACAAAACUAUUUUGGGCAGGAGUCUCGUGUGCGGUCAGUCAGAUUAUGACUUCCAUGAAAAUUCCGAGCCCCAGAUUAGGGCUAUCAGGGGUUAUUACUUUUGUGGGGUUUACAUGUAGUUUAAAAUGUACUUUUGGGGUGUCUGUGAAAUGUGUGUUUUUUGUGCCUAGUGCUAAUUCAGUUUUGUUCAGUUCCUGACUCCAUUAUCUCCCAGGCAUAGAGGAGGGAUUAUCUAGUUUGUGUGGGAGUGUCAGGGGCAUGCUUAACAAUGUCUGAAAUUGUAAAAAAGCAGGCCAUCUGGCCAGAUUAAAACAUUCCAGUUUGUACUCCCACAACUAGCCACGACGACUGUGUGCAUACGUGCUACGAUUUGUCCCCUAUUCCAGCUAGGAAUCGGUCCUUGGUUGUAGGUACCCAGCCAGGGGUACAGGGAGCUCCGUUACAGGGAUGAUUGGGGAGAUUCCGUAUUGCUGGGUUCCUGGUGUGUGAAGUGAGGUCUGAAUGUUGGUGGGAGAUGAAUGGAGAGAUUCCGUAUUGCUGGGUUCUGGGUGUGUGAAGAAAGACUAUAUCCCCAGUUGUUAGCAGUCCUAUCUCUGCAAUACAGCUGUGACAUCCAUAAAACCCUGGACUGCUAGUGGCCUUCAAGAGCGUUUUAAGACAGAAUUAAGGAUGGUAAAAUGUAUUUGCAUUAAAUUCAGUUUAAUGGAAUUUGAAUUAACAAAACACCCUUACCAUUCCAGGUCCAUACAUGAAGCUAGCGGUCAGCUCCCGUCUGACCGCAUCACGCCCAGAGAAACAGGGCUACCUGCUGAAGAAGGGGAGUCGCCAUGCAUCCUACCAACGCCGCUGGUUCUGGCUGUGCGGAAACCUUCUCUUAUACUGGGAGCGAGCAGGAGACCCGCAGCCCCUGGGCCUCAUUUUGUUAGAAGGCAGCUCAGUCUACUUAAGGACUUCGCGCAUGGAAUAUGGUUUCUGCCUCUGUACAGUGUCCAGGGUCUACAAAAUGGCCGCCGAAUGUCAACAGGACCUAGAACUAUGGGUGAGGGCUUUACUCAGUGCCAACCUCGGGUACACAAGGGCACUUCUGUGGGAGGUACGAGGGCAGUAUAUGGCACUCACAGGAACACCUUCAGAAUGGGUGUCAGAGGAGCAAGCAUGGGAGGGAGAGUUUGGAGCCCUUCACCAAUGGCUAGGAGAGGAGAUUCUGUCUUUACGGGACUCAAGUCUGAUUACGUUGUGAAUCUAAAAUGUAUAUAAAUAUAUAUAUAUAAAAAUAAAGAUGUACAUUUGUCUGUUACACAAUCUAGAUC